AUGACUUUUCUUCCUUGCUGCUGCUUUUGUCCUUCAUGCCUGAAGACGAUCCAAGGCGUUUCAAUACGAGGGAGCCUGUUUGAUCCAUCUCAAACUCAUCAGAAUAUAAGUCACGAUAAUACCAUCCACGCACUCGCCUCUGGCGAUGUCGGAUCGCCAGAGUGGCACCAAUAUCCACCCGCGUCGCCUACGAACGCAUUCCCUGAUAUCUUCCCUACAGAUGUAGGAUAUGCUGGAGCGACGCGUCCAGGGGCCGAACCCGGUCUAGUCGCUACCGCACCUUCAGUGCCCAUCCACACGGGUGCACCUCAGCUCGCAGUGCCUUCUCGUCUCCCCAAGGCCAAGGGCCCUUUCCCAGGCGCUAAAAAGCACUUUGACAUGUUUCAAUCCUGGGGCAGUCUCUCACCUUGGUACAGCAUUGAGCGGGGUCAUUUUGGUGUUGACUCGGGGCCUGAGGCGCCGGAAAGCUGUCGAAUCACGGGUUUGCACCUUUUGCAUCGACACGGGGCUCGCAAUCCAGCUGAUUAUAAACCGGGAUCUGGCCCUGGUGGUUUGGCGUUUCGUUUACACGCUAAUGCUACCAGCCUAAAAGCAACAGGCCCACUUUCGUUCCUAAAUGAAUGGACUUACAAGCUCGGCCAGGAAGGCCUUUCGGCAUACGGAAGAGCGCAAUUGUUUGACCUCGGUGUAUCGAUGCGCAUGAAGUAUGGCUUCUUGCUGAAUAAUUUCACAGAAUCAAAUACCAUUCCCGUCUUCCGCACAACAUCUCAAACACGUAUGCUGGCGUCUGCGCAGAACUUCGCUCUCGGCUUCUUCGGCUUUCCGUAUGACGGCCAAUAUCAACAAGUAGUGACCAUCGAAGCUCCCCAGUUCAAUAAUACACUGGCUCCGUUCGAAACUUGUGCGAACAACAAUGUGCCAUCGAAAGGAUAUCGUGGAUCAAGCUAUGUUCAAGCCUGGACGGACAGAUAUCUGAAGGAUGCUGUACACCGUCUCCAGAGACACUUGCAUGGGUACACGCUCACAGUAAACGAUGUGUACGCUAUGCAAGAAUCGUGUGCGUAUGAGACUGUCGUUCUCGGUUAUUCCAAGUUCUGUGAGCUCUUUACUGAGAAGGAAUGGGAAGGCUUUGAUUAUGCUGCUGAUUUGAAGUUUUGGUACGGUGUCGCUUUUGGGUCACCAGUUGCCAAAGCUCAAGGUGUCGGGUACGUACAAGAACUUGUAUCGAGGCUAACAGAGACGCCUUUGGAAACACAUAAUUCGUCUACAAAUGCCACCAUGCAUAACCCCGUCCAAUUCCCACUGGGAAAUAGCCUCUACGUUGAUGCAACGCACGAGACUGUCAUUUUGAAUGUCAUAACCGCGUUGAACUUGUCAUCCUUUGCAAAGACCGGGCCUCUACCUUCCAGUCAUAUACCCUCGAGGCGCACGUUCCGGUCAUCGGAACUGGCACCUUUCGCCACCAACAUCCAGUUUCAACUUCUUUGUUGUGAUUCUAAACCCGAGCGACAGAUACGUGUUAUCAUUAAUGACGGUGUUGUACCGCUUACGGGAGUUGGAGCGUGUUCGAAGCAGAAAGACGGGAUGUGCGCGGUGAGCACCUUUGUGGAGGCGCAAAAAGAGACGAUUAGGACGAAAGGCUGGGCGUACGCGUGUUCUGGCGAGUGGGAUGUUCCUGCUGGACCUGCGUGGGAGACAACCACGGGCGAGCCUCCGGUGAUGGAAGAAUAG